CCGCAAUAUUAUCACCUAACCUUUUGUGUCUUCAACCGGAACGGUGGCUUCCCCGGACUAAUCUCGCACGAGAGCCUGUCGACAUUUCUUCCCUGCAGCCCUCCGUCUAUGAACACCCACUCACGUGGAGGCUUCGGGGAAAGACUCAGGCAUAGCCGAGUAUCAUAAUCGCCUUUUUCUAGGGACGCGCCUUCUUUACUAAGUGAAGAGCUGAUGCUAGCUAUGGUAUCCCUCACCGAAGCCCGCACGCACAAUUUCAAUCUCAAGAACCUCGCCCCAGGCCUCGUUGCCGUCUUCGUAGGCGGCACAAGCGGCAUCGGCCUGUACACCGCACGCGAAUUUGUUCGCAACACCAACGCUCCUCAUGUCUACCUCAUCGGACGCAACCAAACAGAAGCCACGCGCAUCAUCGAGGAGCUCAACGCAAUCAAUCCUUCGUCCCAAGUCGACUUCAUCAAGAAAGAUGUAUCGCUUUUGCGAAACGUCGACGAAGCAUGCAAAGAGAUCACAGAGAAAGAAAAGAAAGUCAACCUCCUCUUCAUGACAGUCGGCUACUUCACGUUCAAAGGACGGGACGAGACGAGCGAAGGCCUGGACAGGAAGCUAUCCUGCCAUUACUACGCCCGCAUGCGCUUCAUUAGCAACUUUGCUCCUCUCCUUACCGCCGCCGCGCAGGACCCCGAGCCCAAAGCCGCCCUCUCGCGCGCCGUAUGCGUCCUCGAUCCCUCGGUCGGCAAGAAAACAGCGCCCAACUUCUCCGACCUAUCGCUGAAAUCUGCGUUCUCGCUACGGAGCUGCUCCAUUCACGCUAGCGCUAUGCAGAACUUCGCGCUUGAGCAUUUUGCGAAAGAGUAUCCCCGGACCUCUUUCAUCCAUGCGUUUCCGUCUAUUGUGGACACUGGGGUAGCGAGAGAUGCGUAUGGGCGAUUUAAUACCGCGUUUUGGAUAGUCGGUUCUGUUUUGUUUAAGCCGUGGAUGGUGGAGAAGAAGGAGAGUGGAGAGAGGCAUUUGUUUGCUGCGACUGCGCCGCGAUUCGCGCCGCGAGCGAAGAAGGAAGAGGUGCAGGACGUGGCGGUCGGUGCGGAUGAUGUGAAGGGAAGUGGUGCGUACCACGUGAACUGGGAUGGAGAAGCUAUGGGAGAUAGCAAGAAGAUGGCGAGUAUGAGGGCUGAGGGUGCGGAGAAGAAGAUAUGGGAGCAUACUGAAGAGGUCUUUAGGAAAAUCUGUGAUGAGGGUGGGAAGUACUAACUGAACCCAAUAUUCGUUUCACCUCCUGCUUUCAAGCCCUUUGGCGAUGAACUUGACGCAUUCGUUGAAGAUGGUCCUAAUCUGGAUCGACUACUUCGGGGGUUAUUAAAGGGAGGAUUCUUUGCUUGGAAUUUGGGCUUGGGAUAACUGUUCCUGUAGUGCUUCGACACCUUGUGAGCCCACAGGAUACCGUCGUGUUUGACUAUUGACUAUGCUUUGGUAGAUAUCCAUC